UAAAUACUUAUCACGAUAAGACAAGUACAUGUAAUAUUCAAUCUAAAACAAAAUCAACAAGUCAAAACUCGGUUGGACUAUCUAGCGCUACUCCAACAUGUGGAAUAUAUUUAUGUCAGUUCUUGAUUCUGUGAAAUGUUUUGCAUCCACAUUCCUUCGAUGUUGUCUGCAUACUGAAAUCACUUCUUAAUAUUAUUAAAAAAAAAAAAUAGUAUUCCUAAUUAAUAAAAUAAUAAAGGAGUGUUAACAAGGAGAACACUUCAUGAAUAUCGUCUGAUCAACAAUCACUUACUAGCUAGCUAGUACUCCUUUUCCAUCUUAUGAUAAAAAAAACCAUCUCCCAUCUAAACCAAUAAUUAAUUAAUUACUUAAUUAAUUAAUGAUCUCUUUCAUAUCACACACACACACACUCCUUUACUUGAUUCCCUUGAGUCAUUGAAUCUAAUUCCUCCUCUAAACUUCUAAGCACCUCUCUUUAGUCUUUGCUUUCCCUUCUCUCUCUUCCUCUCUCUCUUUAAUUUAUCUGUAUAGCUUCUACUGAAAGAGCAUCUAUAUGUCUUUCAUAUAUAUAUUUAGGUAAUAGUUAGACACAAGAACAAACCCUUUUUUGUUUUUCUUAUAUCAUGAGCUGUUAAGGUUUGACUUUCCUUAUCUCUUAAAAUCAAAAAUAGACAAAAAAAAAAAACAAAAAAACUUCAAUUUGGUAAAUUGUCUCACAGCAAGUUGCAAGAAGAAGUUGCUGCCUUAUAUAGAAUCAGUCAAUUGCUUUCUUUAAGAAGCAAACUUUGAGUUUUAAAUUGAAUUUUUCUUAUCUAAACAACAACUUCAUCAUUUUAUUUUCUCUACUUCACCUGAAAAGAGAACAAGAAAAGAAAACUCUCAUUAGAAACAACAAUUCUAAUUUUGAAAUUUUCUUGUUCUUUCUGUUGUACUUGAGUUGAGUAUUUCUUGUACUUCAUUUUCCGUUAAAAAGGAAAAGCAAAUCUGGCUAAUCCGUGGUGGACAGGUCAUCAGGUAGGAUUGCCUGGGGUGGUAGAUCAUAACUCCCACCCGUUAGGCAGUCCACCUGGUAUAAACAAACGCCACCACACCGAACUUUUUAUCAAUGAAACCAAGAGAAGAGAUGAAGAAGAAGAUGAUGAAGAUAGAGACAACGACGAUGAUGAACCAAAAGAAGGUGCAGUUGAAAUCGGAAACCGAAGACCAAGAGGAAGACCACCAGGUUCAAAAAAUAAACCAAAACCACCAAUCUUUGUAACAAGAGACAGUCCAAAUUCACUGAAAAGUCAUGUGAUGGAAGUUUCAUCCGGAGCAGAUGUAGCUGAAAGCAUAGCUCAAUUUGCAAGAAGGCGACAACGCGGUGUUUGUGUCUUAAGCGGUAGCGGAUCAGUAGCAAAUGUUACCCUUAGACAACCAGCAGCACCAGGAGCUGUUGUAGCACUACAUGGAAGAUUCGAGAUUCUAUCGUUAACCGGAGCUUUUCUACCUGGACCUGCUCCUCCAGGCGCUACAGGACUAACAGUAUACCUUGCUGGUGGACAAGGUCAAAUUGUUGGAGGAAGUGUUGUUGGAUCUUUAAUUGCUGCUGGACCUGUUAUGGUUAUUGCUGCUACUUUUGCCAAUGCUACUUAUGAGAGAUUACCACUUGAGGAUGAAGAGGAUGAUGAUAACGGCGGCGGUGGUCAUGUAGGACAUCAUGUUGGAGGAGGUGGUAAUUCAUCUCCUCCUGGAAUUGGAAGUAGUGGCGGAGGCGGUGGUGGUGGGGGCCACAUGCAAUCUGGCCACCUUCCAGAUCCAUCUUCUUUGCCUUUGUAUAAUUUGCCACCAAAUCUUCUUCCUAAUGGUGGUCAGGUGGGACAUGAAUCAUUUCCCUGGCCUCAUGGAAUUAGGCCACCUUAUUGAUUCCGGUUGCAAUGAUGAUGAUGACGACGGCGACAACAAUGUUGUCUUUCUAGCUGGUUUGAAAGAUGAAAGUUGGAGAAGGGAGUUUCUUUUAGAGUAAUGAAAUAAAUAUUUAUAUAUAUAUAGUAGUAGUGUUUGACUGUUUGUGAUGAAAUGUGAUGAGAAGUGAUGAGAAGAAGCAAUUUUAUUAUUAUAAUUUAUAUCUAUGUAUGUGUAUAUGAUAAUUAAGUAAGAACUUUCUGUGUGUGUUUCUCUUUUGGUUCUGUGUUUUGGAAUAAAAAAGAUGAUGAUGGGUUUUUGUUAUUUAA